CCACACCUACUGUAGAUCCGAGCUAAAAUAGUCCUCUCCGUUCCAACUGUUCCGACCAUUCCGUGCCAGUUUCGGUCCAUUUCCAUCUGUUUCUUUCGCUUAGGAAAAUUGGUUAGGGAGGUCACUAAAACGGCGAUAAUCUCAUGUCAGAUGUGGAGAAAUCGUUAUAAAUUGUUGCCACUUGCUGACAGUUGACAGACUUGUUGAUCACAGUCAAUGCAACGAAACAUAAGGAAUCAGAAUAAUCGUGCGAAAAUCAGCCGGAAAAAAGCGGGAAGCAAAUAAUUUUGCUUGCUUCGAGGAACGUGAAGCGAAAUCUUGAUAUUGUGUAUUUUGCUAAAGAAAACAAAAAACUUUCGGCAAACUGAUUGCGACCACAUCACCUGACCUUGAUAAAAAUAUGCAAUCGUGUCCCGACUGCCUGUUAUUUAUCUCUUCUGAUAACAGUUUGUUCUACAUAUUUUCUUUUUCACACUCGCCAAUUCAAUUUUAAUUGUUCUCGAUGAUUUGUCAAUUAUAUUGGAUAUAAUGAACAGUUCGUGAAGAGAUUCAUUAACUUUUAAGCCGCGAUCUCUGACGAAAAUUAUAAUUCUUUUUACAAUUGCAUAAUAAAUGCACUUUGCCACCUGGGCACAACGAUAAAUCCAUGGAACUCAUAAAUUUCAUCAAAUUGUGCGACGUGAUACGUGUCAUCGAUUCGAGAAAUGAUAAUGUCUCUUGUAUAAGGAACAGUUUAAUAUAAAAAAAACGAAGCAGAAGAAUUUAAAAAACUCAUAUAAUAUACUUUUGAUUUAUAUUUUCCAUACAAUGAAAUUAUUGAAAUGAAAUGGAUUAGUUGGGAAAAGUUUUGGUGGACCAUGUGCACUACUACAAGUAUGAAAUCUUGACAAAAAGGGGAUAUUUUUUUUUAGCAAACAAUGGCUUGUGAUGCUCUUAUUUGGGGGCUAUUGUUUGUAGGGUGCAGCGUACAGAUAUUAUGGGCUAUAUCGGAAGAUGAUUCAUUAGAAUAUAUGAGCAAGGAAGAGAGAGAAGCUUUAAAAGAAGAAGCAAGGGAUAUGUUUUAUCAUGCAUAUAAUGCCUAUAUGGACAAUGCAUAUCCCGCUGAUGAAUUGAUGCCAUUAAGCUGUAAAGGGCGAUAUAGAGGCUCGGAACCAAACAGGGGUGAUAUAGAUUCUACAUUGGGAAAUUUCUCACUUACUUUGGUGGAUACACUAGAUACAUUAGUGGUAUUGGGAGAUUUGGGAGAAUUUGAGAAUGCAGUCAAACUUGUUACUAGGGAUGUAAGCUUUGAUACGGAUAUUAUUGUUUCAUUGUUUGAAACAAAUAUUAGAAUGCUUGGAGGUCUUCUCAGUGGUCAUAUAUUAGCCGAAUAUCUACAGCAGAGGGCUGAUAUAAUGCCAUGGUACAGAGGAGAACUUUUGGACUUAGCUAAAGAUUUAGGAUAUAGAUUUUUACCUGCAUUUAACACAACUACUGGAAUACCUUAUGGCAGAAUAAAUUUAAAACAUGGUAUGAAAGGAGUUCCUAUGGAAGUAUCAAAAGAGACAUGCACCGCUUGUGCAGGUAGUAUGAUAUUAGAAAUGGCUGCUUUAUCUCGAUUAACGGGCGAACCAAUAUUCGAGGAAAAAGCACAGAAAGCUAUGGACGUUUUGUGGCGAAUGAGACAUCGUGGUACAGACUUAAUGGGAUCUGUAUUAAAUGUAAACUCUGGAGAUUGGGUACGAAGAGAUUCUGGUGUUGGCGCUGGCAUAGAUUCUUAUUAUGAAUACUGUCUUAAGGCAUACAUUUUGCUUGGUGAUGAAAAAUAUUUAGGACGUUUCAACAAACAUUAUCAAGCUGUAAUGAAAUAUGUUAGCCAAGGACCUAUGUUAUUAGAUGUGCAUAUGCACAGACCGAACACUAACUCUAAAAAUUUUAUGGAUGCUUUAUUGGCCUUUUGGCCAGGUUUGCAGGUUCUUAAAGGCGACAUUAAACCUGCUGUAGAAACGCAUGAAAUGCUAUAUCAAGUUAUGCAAAGACACAACUUUAUACCAGAAGCAUUUACUACUGAUUUUCAGGUACAUUGGGGACACCAUCCACUGAGACCUGAAUUUUUAGAAUCAACAUAUUUCUUAUAUCGAGCCACAGGCGAUCAUUAUUAUUUAGGAGUCGGACGUAAAGUACUCAAAAGUUUGCAAACAUAUGCAAGAGUACCAUGUGGUUACGCGGCUGUAUCAGAUGUUAGAACUAACAAACAUGAUGAUACAAUGGAUAGCUUUGUAUUGUCUGAGACAUUUAAAUAUUUAUUUUUAUUAUUUGCGGAACCAGGAGAAUUAGUUUUAGAUUUGGAUGAAUUUAUUUUUACUACUGAAGGUCAUUUACUACCACUCACGCUUGCUUCCAUAAGAACGAAUAUUUCAUCUGAAUUAGAACGAGAUAUGGUAUAUGUAGAUGAAUUUGAUCGUACUUGCCCAAAUAGUUUACAUUUAUUUCCCGCAUCAGUAAGGCAACCUUUGAGAAAUAUGGUCGAGGAUGUUUGUCCAAGACGAUCGAUUAAACGACGAUUAAGCGCAUCACAAUUUCAAGCAAAUAACUUGGAACAUUUGAAAAUAUUGAGUGAUAUGGGAAUAACGACUCUAACAUUAGCAGAUGGGCGGAUUCAGCUUUUGCACACAUUUUCUAAUGCGAAAACUACACAAGAUUCAGAGGAAGGACUAUUAUUCAUGCAAGAAAUGGUCGAGCUGAGUAAAAUGCAAAUGCAACAACCAGAAACUAAACCGCAAACAGUAACUUUCACACGACCCAAAACAAAUCCAUUAGAAAAAGUUACAUUAUUAGCUGGGCCGGCGCAAUUUGGGCAUGAAUUACAGCAUUUUGAUAAGAUUACUGGAAAAGUGGUAUUUGCAGAUCCAUCCACAGCUUGCGAUGAUCUGCGCAACGUGGACAAGUUGGCAGGCAAAAUAGUGAUCGUAAAUCGCGGAAACUGCAUGUUCAUAGAAAAAGCACGCAGAAUUCAAAAAGGCGGUGCUCUUGCCGGAAUAGUAUUAGAUAAUAUUGCCGAUUCAAGUGCGGCAACAUCGCCCAUGUUUGCAAUGUCCGGCGAUGGAAAGGAGAUAGAUGAUGUCACAAUACCUGUUGUAUUUCUUUUUUCUACAGAAGCAGUCGAGUUGAGAACGGCUAUUAAAGAAGCAAAUGACGAUCUUACUGUCACGCUUGGGACAUAUUCUUCAAAACAAGAAAUUCAACUUAAAGCGCCUACUGAUUUAUCAUUAUUUGAACGUCUAAAAGGAUCAUUAAAAUCAUUUCUCAGCCGACAUAUGACUCCACAGAUGACAACUAUUGGAUCCAGUUUAGAUAUAACAAUUCCUAUAAUUGAAUCACAGGAAGAUCAAGAGAAUAUAGUCGAUUUUCAUUAUUUUCAUGCAGAAAUUAUUAAAGAUUCGCUUGGUGGUGAAGUGAGAAUUACUGCCUCAUCUGAACCUACAAUUAUCAUCUUAAAGCCAGAUUUCACAUACAUAGAACUAACAUGGCAUCAAUUGAAGCAAGUGUUCGUCAAUCAGAUAUUUCUUAAUAGGAAAGAAAAUAAAGGUAUAAGAAUCAGGAGUUUUAUUCUGGAGAGUUAUUACAAUUGGGUAAACAAAGCGCGUGGAGUACUUACGAAAACAUCACUGUCUUACAAAGUUCGAUGGUUUUUAAGUGAACUAUUAGUAGUUUCACCAAAUGCAUCUAUUAAAAAGAUGGGGCAACUAUUAGAAUUAAACAGGCAGAAAUUAUUGAAACAAUAUUUACUCACAAAUAUGCAUACUAUGGUAUUGAAUUUAAAAUCAGUAGCUACAAAAUUAAAGAGCAUAAAAUCAGUAAGACCCAGAAUGGAGCAAUUAUUAAAAUUAUCAGAAUCUGGUAUUAUACAGAUUGAAAAUUACUCGUUCUUGCGUCAUUCAUUAGUUGAUCUGAUUGAUAAAGAAGAUGAAGAAGAUAAGAAAGAUGAGGUCAUUAAUCAACAUAUUGCUCUUUUGGAUCAUAUCCAUGCAGAGGUGCAUUCUAUAUAUCAAGAAAUAUUAAUUGAUGGAGUACAAAGGCAUCUGGAGAAAUUAGGAGAAGAAGAUGAUUCAUAUUAUGAUAUAUUAAUUGCGGAUUUACAAAAGAAUUUAAAAAAUAUAGAUAAAAGAGAAAAUUUACUUGAAAAAAUUAAAGAGAGCGAUUUGGCAGUCGCAGAAUUUAUAAAUGAUAGUAAAGAAGAGAUAAAAGCUAAAAACAAUAACAUUUUAAAGAAGGAUAAAAAAUCAAGCACUGAGAAUUUCGGAUAUUUCAUACUGACAGAACUAGAGAAAUAUUCUGAACAAAAUAUCUUAGAAAAGUAUGAAGAUGUAAAUAGUGAAUCAAAAAAUACUGUCACACAAGAUAACGAAAAUAAGGAUGCUAUUAAAUCUAAUGAUAUUAUUCUGCACUCCUCUAAAAAUCAAAGUAAAGGCGAUGAUAGAAAGAGUAAAGUUCAAAAUUCACAUAAGAAAAAAAUAGACUUACAAACAACAAAAGCAGUAGAUGUGGAAUUUGAGAAAAUAAUUAUAGAGGAAAAACAAAAGGAUAACAAAAGGACUUCUACACACUCUAUAUCCAAUACUAAUAAGUAUCAUGUUUCUGAUAUAUCUACAAUUAUGAAUACCAAUAUAGAGACAGCUUUUCCCAAUAAAAAACAUACUUUAUUACAAGGAAUACAGAAAGAUAUUAAUGACAUGCAACAUUCUUAUAAAACUGUUUUAAAAGAAAAAUCAUUUAAUAAGAAAGAUUUGAUUGCAAAUAAAAUUUUAUUUACUGAUUCAUUAGAAGAGUUUAAAAAAUUUAUAUCGGCUACCAACGAGGAGAAAAUAUUAAAAAAAAAAUCGCAAAUUUCAGAUCCACAAUAUAAUACUAUAAAACUAAGUGAAUUGAAGUAUGGGAAAAGAUAUGUGAGCAAAAACAUUCAACAGAAAGAUGAGGAAACUAAACCAAAAUUAGUUAAACAUAUCGAUGACGAAUUAUAACAAUAGCUUUUAAGAUUUAGGCUAAAUUAUAGUUAUUAUAUAUAAACAGAGACAGAGAAUCAAUUUCCAAUGGCCAUAAGGCUAUCUGUAUAAGGCUGCAUUGCAAAUGAUAUUUUUGCACUGUGAUCUAGAUGUGUGUAUAUUAUGAAUUUCAAUUGAUUUCUAUAUACACAAGAUCAUCUAGAAAAAUACCAAUUAUUCGGUAAAAAAAAAGAUAAAAUAAAUUGUCAAAUUAUAACGACACUAUAACAUAACAUUAUAGAGAAAAUCUGUAGAUUUUAAAUUAAUGCUUAUAAGAAAAUCUAUUUUCAUUUGUUACUUGAAAAAAGACAGUGAUAUUAUUAUAGAGAAUGCAUAAUAUAUACUAUGAGCAUAACAUGUGUGAUACAUAUAUGUUAAAGUGGUUGUGAAGGUAUAUUCUGAACAGAAAAUUAACUGAUAUAUGUACAUACAUUUCAUGUAUUAUAGUAUAGGAUCUGUUCGUUUUAGCUGAACUGGCUGCACUAGUUCACAGUUUAUCUUUUUCUUUCCAAUAUGGAGAGAAAAAGAUAAAUUUUGAAUUAGUGCAGCCAGCUAAAAUGAACAGACCCAUAAUCUUUUACGUGCACUCUCGCUUCUCCCUCUUUUUUUCUCUCUCUCUCUCUCUCUGUUAGAGACAAAAUAUGAUAGCAAGUUCUUUCUUCCAUGAAAGUAGAUAUGUCCUGAUUAAUCUGUUCUAUGAUUUGUAUUAUAAAAUUGUAUUAAACGAUUGUGUAUAUAUUAUAAAUUCAAAAAAGAAGAAUAAUACUCUAAAAUAUUCCAUGAUGUAAGAGUAUAAUGGUAACAUUACAAAUCGGAAUAGAUGCAAUAUUUUCUUUCUAUUAAUAUUUUGUAUCAUUUUAUUUAAAAAAGUGCCAUGAUUAUUGAUAAUAUGUUUAUACAGUUUAAGAUAACAUUUAGUGUAAAAAUAAAAACGCUCAAAGCACAGUUUCAAUUUGCAAAGAUUUUAAUAUUAAUCUUCUUUAGUCAUAUUAAUAUAAUGUUAAAAAUCUAUUUACAAAAUGGUGUAUUAUAACAAAAAUUUGUAAUACUUUAAACUUUAUAUCAAUCAUAUAUUUUUGUAAGCUUUUAUUUAUAUAGGAUUUUUUUUGUUAAAAUUUAGCUUUGUAUCAAUUUAAAAAUUGAAUUUUUUGUUAAAAUUUUUGAGUAUAUUUGUAAUUGUAGAAUAAUAUAUGUGAAUCUAUUUAUAUUUUAUUUGAUAUACUAAAUAAUGAA